AUGGCGCCGUUACAGAGUCGCAUGCUCGUCGGCUGCGGCCUCAUAUCUGCCGCUCUCGCUGCUGACAACGUCUUGUCAUUAACGCUCUCCGAAUCAGUCCCCAGUAAUGUCUCGGCAGCAAUCGACCCAUCAUUCGCCGGCUUCGGCAUCGAGCUCGACCACCUCUUUUACUUCAUGGGCGACGAAACACCAAACGACCUAACCCUUAAUCUCCUCGAUAACCUAGCGAACUUCACCGGUCGUCCACCUCACAUGCGAUUGGGAGGAAACACUCAAGACUACCUCGUCUACAACGACUCACAAGAUGAAUGGCUUAUCAAGCCAAAUCCCCGCCCUACCGCGCCGGGGAAUGUCCCUGCAGAUAACUUCAUUGUCGGCCCCCGCUUUAUGGAGAUCGCAAACCGUCUGCCCAAGGGCACGCCCAUUACAUGGGGUCUCAACCUGGGCUACGCAGAGUCCGACUAUCUCGAGAGGCUUACAACUAUGGCGUCUCAGAUUAUCGACCGGUGCACCAACCUCAACAUCAUGUCCUUCGAAUUUGGCAACGAGCCAGACCUUUAUGGCGACAACGGUUUCCGCAAGAAGGCGACUUGGUCCGGUACGGAGUACACGAAGGAAUGGCGGGAGCGGGCCAAUGCUGUAUGGGAAGAAGUCCUCGAACCUCGCGGACUGCACAGUGACUUCUUCGAGGCGUCUGCUUCGACCGCCUGGGUAGCUGGCACGGGCUUCGAGAUCAAGGAUCUUGUUGAGAACGGCAUUGACGAUAAGGCUAAUAACUCUGAUGUUGGCUUCGUCACGAGUUGGAACCAGCACAACUACUACUACUUCGUCGGGUCUUUCCCGUAUCCCUUGACUCUCGAUUACAUGCUGCGUUUUGAAACGACAAAGGCGCAAUUCGACUCGGCGAUUGAGGCUCAAAUCACACAAGCCGAAAAGACUACGCAUCCUUUUGCACUGCGAGAGAUGUCCGUCGUCGGACCGCUCGGUGUAGAGGGACUCAGCAACACAUUCGCCGCCGCUUUGUGGACUCUCAACUUCCUCCUCUACGCCACAACGAUCAACAUCUCGUCUGUUCAGUUCCACAUGACGUAUGAUAGUAAUGCUAGCGCCUGGCAACCGACAGCCAUGUUCGGACGCGACCGCUUUGUCCGGCCGCUCUACUACGGCAUGGCCGCCUUUGCCCAGACUAUUGGCCGCUCCUGCACCGCUCGCGUUGCCCAGGCUGAGAUUACGGACUAUCCCUCAGGCUACAAUGACUACAUCAAAGCCUGGUCGGUGUACCAAGGCGACUCUCUUGCCUCCCUCGUCCUGCUUAACGGCAAGGUUGCCAACGUCUCUGACGCCAAUAAGGGCAGCAUCACCGUCGACGUUACCCUGCCCUCUUCCCUCGCCGGCGAGACGCUCCACCUGGCGUAUCUGACCGGCGACGGAGCCGACGCGACGAGCGGGACAACGUGGAAUGGCCUCAGCUUCGAGCAGGGCAACGACGGAAAGCUUAGCCAGGUGUCUAGCGACGAGAUCACCGUCAAGGUUGGUAGCGACGGUAAAGCAAGCAUCCCCGUCCGCGAUACGGAGGCCGUGGUCGCCAACGUGGGCGCCAAGGUAGGUAGCGCAGAGCCCGAUAGCACUGCGUGUGGCGGGCUCGCGACUUCGUCUCAGGGGGUUGGUACGGCGACUACUUCCACCCCUGGGUCGUCGUCGGGUGGCUCGAGCAAUUCGUCUUCAGGCAAGAGCAAUGAUGAUUCGGGCGCGGCGGCCUUAGGUUCUGGCACGAACAUUUACAACUGCAUAGCGUGGAGUUUGGUGCUUACCACGGGAAUUUUCUUCUUAUAA